AUGUCAGGCAACCGCAGCGGCACAUCACCGCAGGCCAUUGGCUCGGGUGCCCCACGUUCGACGUCCCCGUACGCUGGAGGCUCGCCGUCUCGCAGUUACUCGACCGCCCGACUUGCCAGUCCCGUUCCUUUCGGUACUCCUCCUGUCAGACAGAUUCCUACUCCGCGUCAGCUCGACGGUCAAGACAAUUCCCAAGCCGGAAAUGACCCUCUGCCCGGCGCCUCGUACCAUCGUGGUUCCAUCCCCGGACCCGGCCCCUCAUCGCUGUCGCAGGCACUGAGGGGAGGUUUCGCAGGAAGCCCACCUCGCUUUGCUUCUCCCGCUCCGCCCGGCUCAGCCUAUCCCGAUGAUGCCUCGUACUCGCAAAGUCCAAGCAAGAACGAAGAUCUCGAGGUCUUGCGCCGGCACUUGGUUGGUCCCGCUCAACGCACCUCACAAUCGAAUCUUCAAGUCUCUUCCUCAUUCCAGCGCAACUCAAAACUUUCUGAAGUUGCCAAAUCUAUCGAGAACGGUCCCGGUGUAGAUGAUGAGCACUUCUCAAGUCUUCAGCUGCAAGGCGGAGACAUGACGAGACACAUCUACCGCUAUACCGAAGAGCGCGAACGAGAAGAGGUAGAGCGUCAGGCUCGCGAGACUGGUCGUCUAAAGAGAAGUUUGAGCGUCAACUUACCUCGUCCGAACGAGGAGGACCCAGAGCUCAGCAAUAUCAAAAUGCCUGGCGGUCUGCGUCGAGACUACAUCCGCCGAACCGCCGCCUCUCCUACUCCUGAAACCCGUACCUCGAGACCCAACUAUGGUGCCGCCCGUGCUCAAACUGAGCCUCCUGCUCGCCAGCAACCCCAAUUCUUGGCCAACAACUUCAUUGAGUUCCUUACGCUCUACGGCCACUUUGCUGGUGAAUCGCUCGAGGACGACGACGAGGUUCUUGGCCCUGAUGAAUACUUCACUUCUGAAGCCUACGACGAUGAAAACGAAGAUCAGGAUGGUCAAGAGCGUGAAUGGGGUGAGGACAGUGCUCUACUGACUCCCGGCAAGCGCAAGAGAAGAAGAAAGGAGCAGGCUGGCAAGGGUAGUCCUGGCGGUGCUGCGCUGCUCCUACUCAAGUCCUUUGUUGGAACUGGAGUCUUGUUCCUGCCCCGUGCCUACCUCAAUGGCGGUAUGAUGUUCAGCAACCUCGUUCUAUUGGCCAUUGCUUUGCUCAGUUUCUGGUGUUUCAUCCUACUCGUCAACGUUCGCCUGAAGGUUCACGCCUCCUUUGGUGAUAUGGGCGGUAAGAUCUACGGUAGAUGGUUCCGUACCCUCAUCAAUUCUUCUCUCGUCAUCAGUCAGAUUGGUUUCUCUUCGGCCUACAUCGUCUUUGUUUCGGAAAACUUGCAGGCUUUUGUUCUGGCUGUGACAAAAUGCCGUACCUUCAUUGACAUCAAAUACAUGAUUUUGAUGCAAAUGAUUGUGUUCCUGCCUCUCAGCCUGUACCGCAACAUCAACAACAUCCAGAAGCUCGCGUUGGUUGCCGACCUGUUCAUCGUUCUCGGUCUCGUCUACCUCUACUACUACGACAUUUUGACAUUGGCCAACAACCACGGCAUAGCUGAUAUCAUUCAGUUCAACAAGGAUGACUGGACACUGUUCAUCGGUACUGCCAUCUUCACUUUUGAAGGUAUUGGCCUCAUCAUUCCUAUCCAAUCUGGUAUGAAAGACCCACAAAAAUUCCCUCGUGUCCUGGGUGUCGUCAUGAUUGCAGUCACCGUCGUCUUUAUUUCCAUGGGAGCUCUGUCAUACGCAGCCUACGGUAGCGCUACCAAGACUGUUAUUAUCCUCAACAUGCCCCAGGACAACAAGCUUGUCAACAGCGUACAGUUUAUCUACUCUCUGGCCAUCUUGCUCUCGACUCCCCUGCAGAUUUAUCCUGCUAUUGAGAUUACAUCUCAACAACUUUUCAGUCGCACCGGCAAGUAUAACCCUUGGAUUAAGUGGAAGAAGAAUGUGUUCAGAUUCUUCAUGGUCACACUUUGUGCCGUGAUUGCAUGGGCUGGUGCUGGACAGCUUGACAAGUUCGUCGCGCUGGUUGGAAGUUUCGCGUGCAUUCCGCUAGUCUUUGUUUACCCUCCCCUUAUGCACUAUCGUGCCGUGGCAACUCGUUCGUGGCAACGUGUCGCGGACAUUCUGCUCGUCAUCUUCGGUCUUUUCAUCAUGGGCUAUACCACAGCUUUGACAAUCAUGAGUUGGGCUGCAGGAGGUGAAAAAGAACCGGGGUAUUGUGACGAAAGAUGA